AUGGCGGUGGAUGUUUGGUCGGAGAUUUCGAGCGCAGGUCUAAUCAGUCCAAGGCUUUCCUUCUCCCGUGACCUCACUCAGGCAACACAGCCGGAAGCCGACGCCGGUCACCGCCCCAGGUCAGAUUUAUGUCUUCUCGACUCCGACUUCAAUUUCUUCAUCGGCAGCAGGGGAGAAUUUUCCUCUGCCGACGAGCUCUUCUCCAACGGCAGGAUCUUGCCUGUAGAAAUCAAGAAACAAUUGCAACCGCAAACUGCCACAGGGAAAGAAGCGAUUCCCAUUCCUCCGCCGCCGGUUCAGCAAGCUGUCGAGAAUGAUUCUUCUCCGCAGCUUGAUUCGGAGAAGAAGAAGCUGCUGAAGGAAUUUCUGUCGACGAGUCUCGACGGAGAGCACGAGGAACAACAGAGUCAAAACCCGCCGCCGCCGGCGGCGGCGGCGGGACCGAGAUCGUUCUGGCAAUUCAAGAGAAGCAACAGUCUAAACUGCGACGAAAUCAGCUGCCGGAGCAGAGGAGGGCUAAUCCGAUCCCUACAUUUCCUUUCGAGAAGCAACUCAACUGGGUCGGCUCCAAAUCCACCCAAAAACAAACCCAAGGAGGAAAACCCCCGUCAUUUGCGGAAACAGAGGUCGGUUCCCAACAGGAAAUCGCCAUUGAUGCCCACCAGCUCUGCACCCUGUUACUAUCCCUACAACACCGGGGGCCGGCAUCAGCAAAAAUCGAAUCUUCCGGCGUUGAGGAAAUGCGGGUCAUACGGCAAUAACUCCGCCGGGAUUAGAAUCACCCCGGUGCUGAACAUCCCGGCACCGGCUUUCAUGUCCAGGGGAACGGUCAACUUUUUGGGGCUGGGUUCUCUGUUCUGUAACGGUAAGGUUGAUAAAAAGAAGAAGAAGAAGAAGAGAUAG